AUGAUGAAGGCCCAUUGUGUCCUCCUCCUCCUCAUCUCCACAGCUGGGCUGGCCCUGGGCUAUGAGGACGAGACUCGCCUGGUGGAGCACUUGUUCAGUAACUACAACAAGGUGGUGCGGCCCGUGGAGGACCAUCGGGACGCCGUCGUUGUCACCGUGGGGCUGCAGCUCAUCCAGCUCAUUAGCGUGGAUGAAGUAAAUCAGAUUGUGACAACCAAUGUACGCCUGAAACAGCAAUGGACAGACGUCAACCUCAGAUGGAAUCCAGAUGACUACGGCGGCGUAAAAAAAAUCCGCAUCCCCUCAGAUGAUAUCUGGCGGCCAGACCUUGUCCUUUACAACAAUGCAGACGGUGAUUUUGCCAUUGUAAAAUACACCAAAGUCCUUCUGGAGCACACAGGGCGUAUCACCUGGACACCACCCGCUAUUUUUAAGAGUUACUGUGAAAUUAUAGUCACACACUUCCCAUUUGACCAGCAGAACUGCAGUAUGAAGUUGGGAACUUGGACAUACGAUGGCACAAUGGUUGUUAUUAACCCAGAGAGUGAUCGUCCAGACCUGAGUAACUUUAUGGAGAGUGGGGAGUGGGUGAUGAAGGAUUACCGUGGCUGGAAGCACUGGGUUUACUACGCUUGCUGCCCUGACACCCCUUACCUGGACAUCACCUACCACUUCCUCAUGCAACGCCUGCCUCUCUACUUCAUUGUGAACGUCAUCAUCCCCUGCCUGCUCUUCUCCUUUUUGACUGGGUUAGUUUUUUACCUACCCACAGAUUCAGGUGAGAAAAUGACCCUGAGCAUCUCCGUCCUGCUGUCUUUGACUGUGUUCCUGCUGGUCAUCGUGGAGCUGAUUCCCUCCACCUCCAGCGCAGUGCCUCUGAUUGGCAAGUACAUGCUGUUCACCAUGGUGUUCGUCAUCGCUUCGAUCAUCAUCACCGUCAUCGUCAUCAACACCCACCACCGCUCCCCCAGCACGCACACCAUGCCCCCCUGGGUCAGGAAGAUCUUUAUUGACACAAUCCCAAACGUCAUGUUUUUCUCUACAAUGAAACGACCAUCAAGAGACAAACAAGACAAAAAUAUUUUUGCAGAAGAUAUUGACAUUUCUGACAUUUCUGGGAAGUCAGGUUCUAUGCCUGUGAACUUCUACUCCCCACUUACCAAAAAUCCAGAUGUGAAAAACGCUAUAGAAGGAAUCAAAUACAUUGCAGAAACGAUGAAAUCGGACCAAGAAGCCAGUAAUGCUGCAGAAGAAUGGAAGUUUGUUGCAAUGGUGCUUGAUCAUCUCCUCCUUGGCAUAUUUAUGCUAGUUUGUUUUAUAGGAACAUUAGCUGUAUUUGCUGGUCGCCUUAUUGAAUUAAAUCAGCAAGGAUGAACGUCAGCUGGAAACUAUUUGCUACCCUGAACAUCUGAAAGCACCACAACCAUCAGAAUCUGGCCAGCCUCUCAAAGGUUCACUGACAGGAAUCAGGAACCACUGGGAAAGAGCAGGGAUAGUAAAACGUAAGGCCCCAUACCGAGCUGCUGCUCAGUAGCAUAUAAUUGCCAAAAAGAAACACUUGCAUUAGUGGUAAAAUUGAACUGCUGUCGGCCAGGUUUUGAUCCGUCUUAUCCUUUAUUAAACAUGUUAAUGUAUUAAUAAGAUUGUCUGACUUUGUAAGCAACAGAUACUAUUCCAGUGAAGUCAACAGCAGUGUAAUAAGCUUUAGCUGAGCUGUAAAUCUGUAUCCAACUUUGGCAUUCAAGCUGGUUUUAAUAUCUGCUCUGUAGCUUUUAUAUUUGCAGGGUCACUCGCUGAUAAUACUAGAUAUAACCGUCAGAAAUAUCUCAAACUCCAUACUUAAGCACUUGAUGCACAAAUCUGAACUGACUGUCAUGCAUGACUCUACCUGUAGAAGCUCUUGCUGCAGCAAAGUGGAGAGACUUACUUGGAAAGGAUCCAACCUGUUUCUAGAAUAAUCUCCAUAUUCAGCCUACUCUGCUCUUGGAAGGUUGGUUUCCACUCCGCAUUUGGAGCGAUGACUAAUGCUGGGGCACCUUCGACUUGAGGGUGUUUAUUUAAACACAGUCCUCUCUGUCUGGGAAAACUGUCCCUUGCCCUGAGCCCUGGAGCCAGCCCGGGCUGGCGCUCCUUGCCGCACGGUGCGGGCCGCAGCCGCGCUCCGGGACCCGCUGGCGGAGCGCUCCUCCUGGAGCAGCUCCGGGAGCUGCCCCGGCUCUGCUCAAAGGUGGAGCAGCAGCUCGCUCUGGUGGCUAAAGCAAAGCACUGCUGCCUCUGCCCGACUCCGCCGGACUUUGUUUACUCCACGUUGGACGUAAGCGAGAAGCCUCUCUGCGUGCAAAUAAUGCCGUGUGGCAAUACCAGCAGCGCUGCCUCUUCUCAAAAAUAAAUAAGGAUAGGUGGGGCAACUGCGACAAGUUAGUCAUCUUUUCCAGCUGCUUGUCCAAGCCAAGAGGACUGCUUUGCUAACAGCUGUAAACAAUUUACUGUGAGUUUAGUAAAAUAAUUCGUAUUAUGCUAAAACAUGUCAUGCCUGUAGAGGACAGGCAUUUGAAGCACUAGAGGGAAAAUGAGGCACUUGAGCAACACUCCCAGCAUUGCGUAGUGUUUGCUGGACAAUGUUUUGGUGAGCUGCAGUGCUAAGCAAACAGUUUGUCUGAAGUAAUAGAUCACUUGUAGCACUGCUCUGCUCUUACGGUUUAAAGGAUGGUAAUCUUUGCCUCCCUGGAUGAUCAUUAACCCUGCAAGCGAAGGCCAGAGAUGUAUCGCUUGGCACCACCUCUGCUGACAGAGGGAGUGUUCACUGCAGGUGGAUUUAUCUCCGGUGGGAGCUCCCAGCCCCUGGGGGGAGUCAGCAGCUCCCGGCUCACGAUGAGUUAAGCUGCAGCCUAACGGGGCCUGGAACUUAAUUUGAGAACCUCUGAUUGGCACUGAAAUUGCCAGAACAAUCCUCUUAGAGCAGCAUGUGGUUGAAUCUUAGCAUUAAAAAUAAACAUCACUGGUGAGCGUC